GGCUCUGUGGGGUCUGAGUAGAACAGUCAGUAGAUGCUGCUGGCAGCCUCUUGUACAGGGAUGUGUCUGAGCCCGUGUGUGUGUGUGUGUGUGUGUGUGUGUGUGUGUGUGUGUGAGAGAGAGAGAGAGAGAGAAAGAGUGUGUGUGUUGAGUCUGAGGGGCUUGUCUCUGUGAUCGGCUGGCUCAUGUGUGUCAUGUGGGCUGCGUGUGUGUAGUGUUUAUGUCAGUCACGUGAGACCAGUGUUUUCUGAGGGUGCUUUAGGUGUGCGCCCUGCCAGGCCAGUGUGGGAUUAGCUGUAGUGUGUGUGUGCGUGUGUGUCCAGGGCUGACGGUAAUGGUGUUUGGAGGUUCGGGGAGGAGGGUGGGCUGAUGUCUGCUGUUGCGUUUCCGUGUUGUUGCUGGCAUGUGGCAAUUCAUCCAGAUCUGAUGACAUGUGUGCCUGCUUUACAUGUGUCCCGGGAUCUGAGAGUUGGUGACAAGCCCCAGGGAGCGCCAUGGCCCGAGCACGCCAGGAGGGCAGCUCCCCAGAGCCCGUAGAGGGCCUGGCCCGCGACGGCCCGCGCCCCUUCCCGCUCAGCCGCCUGGUGCCCUCGGCGGUGUCCUGUGGCCUCUGCGAACCCGGCCUGCCCGCUGCCCCCGCCGCCCCCGCCCUGCUGCCCGCCGCCUACCUCUGCGCCCCCACCGCCCCGCCCGCCGUCACUGCCGCCCUGGGGGCCCCCCGCUGGCCUGGGGGUCCCCGCAGCCGGCCCCGAGGCCCGCGAUCCGACGGUCCUCAGCCUUCACUCUCGCCCGCGGAGCAGCACCUGGAAUCGCCAGUGCCCAGCGCCCCGGGGGCCCUGGCGGGCGGACCCACCCAAGCGGCCCCGGGAGUCCGGGGGGAGGAGGAGCAGUGGGCCCGAGAGAUCGGGGCCCAGCUGCGGCGGAUGGCGGACGACCUCAACGCGCUAUACGCGCGGCGGAGACAAGAGGAGCGGCAACGACACCGCCCCUCGCCCUGGAGGGUCCUGUACAAUCUCAUCUUGGGACUCCUGCCCUUCCCCGGGGGCCGCGGAGCCCCCGAGGUGGAGCCCAAUUAGGUGCCUGUACCCGCCCGGUGGAUGUCGGGGACCCGGGGGGGCAGGACCCUCCCAACUCCUGACGCCCUGGCCAGCGCGGGGGACUCUUUCUGCACCAUGUAGCAUACUGGACUACAGCCCUGCCCGACCCAGGGGUGGGCCAGGGCAGCCACUCCCGACCCAGCCCCGGCCUAGCCCCGGGGAGCACUGAUGGAGACGUGGACUCCUGGGCCCCUGGCUGAGGGGCCAGGGGAGAGAGGGCUGACGGACUUGGCGUCUGAAGGCGGCGGGGACCGAGGGGGCAGGGCCUGAGCUGCCCCCCUCUGCCGCCCACCACCAUCUCAGGAAAGGCUGCUGGUGCUGGCUGCCCAUUCCAGCUGCAGCGGUGACACUGGGGGGCGGGGGUCUCUCCCCCCGGCGCUCCUUCACUUUGGGCCUGGCCUCAGGCCCCUGGUGCUUCCCCCCCUCCUCCCGGGGAGGGGGCCCAUGAAGAGCAAAUGAGCCAAACGUGACCACUAGCCUCCUGGAGCCAGAGAGUGGGGUGCGUCCUGACGGGUGCCCCGGCCCAGCGCCCAGCCAUCUUCCCUGAGCCAGCCGGCGGGUGGUGGGCAUGCCCGCCUCACCUUCAUCUGGGGGUGGCCAGGAGGGGCCCAGACUGUGAAUCCUGUGCUCUGCCCGCGACCACCCCCCGCUCCCCCCCCAUCAAUCCCAUUGCAUAGGUUUAGAGAGAGCACGCGUGACCACUGGCAUUCAUUUGGGGGGUGGGAUAUUUUGGCGGAAGCCGCCCCAGCCUUAGUCCCCAGGGCGAAGCGCUGGGGGGA